GCACGCAAAAAUUUCUUACGAAGUUAUAUCAGAGACCGUAAAAUUAUUUAUCGUAACAUGCCUAGCAGUGUUGACGCCUUUUUCUCCCAUAGAAUUAAGUAAUACUGUAGUAUUGGUAGUAACAGCAGAUAAAAGCUGUAACGAACGUCCGCACGCAGCAACAUGUUCCUGGAGAUCAUACUUCUUCUUGCCCUUCUGGCUCUCCUGACAAUAUUUUCAAGGAAGCCGACGCGGAUGCCACCAGGAACGUUCGGCUGGCCGAUUUUAGGAGAGUUGCCGCCACGUUCAAUUCCCAUCACCGAACAUUUGAAGAACCUCAAGCAGAAGCGAGGGCCCAUUUUCACAACAAAGUGGGGUUCGCACCGCAUUGUGGUCGUCACCGACUACCACCUCAUCAAGAAGGCGUUCAAUCAUCCCGACAUCCAGGGACGUCCGGCAUUCUUUUCAUUUGCAUUAUUCAGCCACUUCAAAAAUGCUGGUUUAGUCAGCAGCCAUGGUUCAGUGUGGUCCGAGAACCGGCGGUUCAUGUUGCGCCACUUGCGUGAUCUCGGUAUGGGCAAAACAGCGCUCGAGGGCUCCAUUCAACAAGAGGCCGAGAUGCUGGUGGAUCACUUGGAUAAAACCUGCGUCGGCAAGCCUGCCGUCAUGGAUCACUCCAUCAACUGUGCUGUGGUCAACGUCAUCUGGCAAAUGCUCGCGAGCAAGAGAUACGACAUCGAGGAUAAGAUGAUGCAGCGUUACAGUACUCUGAUUGAAGAAGAUAUGAACAUCAUACAAGGAGUCUUAUUUAUCCUCGACGUUUUCCCUUGGCUGGCUAAGGCGCUCCCCUCGUUUAUAAUGAAUAAAGUUUUCAAAGUUGAUGUCCUCUGCAGAAAUCGAGAUGAGGCCUACUCAAUGUUCAAGCAAGUUAUUGACGAUCACAUGGCGACCCUUGACCCCAACAACCCUCGUGACGUCAUCGACCAGCUGCUGCUGGAGCGCGCCCACAGAGACGCCCCGGACUACCUCACUCCUGAAGACGAAAUUGACGUACUGUCCAUAAUUGGUGACAGUUUUGCUGCUGGCUCUGAGACCACCUCAUCUACUCUGCGUUGGAUGAUACUUUACAUGGCCAUCAAUCCUGAGAUCCAAGCGAAAGUUCACAAACGUUUGGACGAGGUUGUUCCUAAUGAUCGUCUGCCAUCACUCAACGACAGAAAUCAACUGCAGUACGUUGACGCCAUGUUGCUGGAGGUCAUGAGGCUGAGCUCACUCGUGCCCAUCGGCCUGCUGCAUACGGCCACCGCUGACGUCACCUUCGAGGGAUUCGAAAUACCAAAAGGCACGUCGUUUAUGGCCUGUUCCGAAAUGUGUCAUCGCAAUCCGGCUUAUUGGAAGCAUCCUGACAAGUUCUAUCCGGAACACUUUCUCGACGACGAAGGGAAACUCGAUGGGAAAAAAGAAGGCUUCCUACCUUUCUUAAUCGGGCGUCGCCAGUGUCUCGGGGAGUCUCUGGCUCGCAUGGAGCUCUACCUCUUCUCGACGGCCAUCUUGCAGCGCUUCACUAUAGAGCCGCCGGAGGGCGUCACACUCUCGACGGAAACUAAUCCGUCUCAAAUGAUAACUAACGUACCCCUGCCUUAUAAAGUCGUUUUGAAAAGAAGAAUUUAACGUUGACUUGUGGCCUGACGCUGUCGACUUGACCGAACGAACCGAAACGGUCAGUUCACGAGUUGCUGGACUGACUAAAGCAUUCCUCCGUCAUAUUGGUUCGAUGUAACUACAUUCAGAUUUAUUCUUGCAAAUCAAGUAACUCAAUAUGUUCAAUUAAUUUGUGUAAAUAUCUAAAAAGCAGAAUGACCCAGUGGUUACAGUUCACGGAUCUUGUUAAUAAUAAGCACCCCAUUAUAAACCUUUGGAGAAUAACUUACUCUUGUUGCUCAACCUUAUAAAGAAUACGCACCUCAGUAAUGUUCUUGUUAAGAAUACGCACUCCAGUAACGUCUGAGGUGCUUAUUCUUAACAAGAUCCCAGUUCACGGUACCAAGAUUUGAUCAUUGAUUUGCGGGUCCCAAACCCCGCAUAAUGUAACAGUUCUGGGAUUUCUAGAAUCGGCGACAGUCCAGAUAUAGCCCAUCCAACGCUGACCCCACAUCCGACUAGAACAUAAAUUUAAGAAAAACCAAAAACAAAAUUUAUUGUUAAGUGAAAGUUUGCGGCUAUGGUUAGUUAUUGCACUGAUGAAUUUACCAUUUACGAACGCUCCAGCUUCACAUCUUGGUAUUCCAGGCACCACUAAAUCGGCACCCAUGUCCGAGAUAUUUCAUCACGAUUAUAUUGAUCUUAAGUGAUGGAGUGAGCCGUUUCUAAAGGACGUAAAUGCUUGCACUAUAAAAGGGCAGGAACUUUAGUACUGCAUGUAGUACUAUCAGUAAUACGUGUACCAGUUUGGAGCAUGUACACAAGCAAAGAUGUGUAUAUCUUACUCUAUGUACAUGUCAUUCUUGUAAUGACUAAUGUUACCUGUAUAACCCAUUCUUGUGGUAAGAAAAUUGGAAAAGA